AAAAAAAAAAAUGGUCUGUCAAUCAAUUUCACAAUUCGAUCACUGCAGUAGACGUAUUCGCGCCAAAUCUAUUUUUAUCGAGAUAUUGUUAAUAUAAUUAGGUUUAUUGGAAAACUGAUCGAGAAAGAUCUAGUAUAAGUGAAGAUGUCGGCUGCUCAAACUGCUAUUCCCUUUAAAUCCCGUAAGAGGACUUACAUGAAUAAGAGGAACAAAGAAUGUAAUGAAAAUGAAAAUAUUCUUAACAAAAUGAAGUUACCAGAACACAUUAAUUUAAAUCUCAAAGAUAAUUUUGACAAUGGUAUUAAUGACUCUUGUUCUGCUCCCAAAAUAUCCAGAAAAACCUUGAAGUCUAUUUCAGUCGUCGAGUCUAAAGAUGAAUGUGAAGAAUCCUUUGACGAGAGAAAUCGACAUGCUGUUACUUCAGGCCCGCUUCCUAGUCGAGAAGAAGAAUUUGAAUGGUUGCAAAACUUCCUAUUAGAGAGCCUUGACAAAGAAGAAUCUGCUUCGUUAUAUGUUUCUGGGCAACCUGGCACAGGCAAAACGGCAACCUUAUCAUGCUUAUUGAAUUCGCCAAAGAUCAAAGAAGGCUUCAAACAAGUAUACGUGAACUGCACUAUGAUGAAGUCCGCCACGAGCAUAUACAGCAGAAUUUGCAAAGAAUUGCAGCUGUCUACUUCAGGUUCAACAGAAAAGGCAUGCUUGGCUGCCAUAGAAAAUUAUUUGAAUAAAAAACACAAGAUGAUCUUACUAGUGUUGGACGAGAUCGACCAGUUAGACAGCAAACGCCAGUCAGUUUUGUACACGAUAUUUGAGUGGCCGGCGCUGGCUGGCUCUCGUCUGGUCUUGGUCGGCGUGGCCAAUGCUCUGGAUUUGACAGAGCGCGCACUUCCGCGAUUGCAGGCCCGUUGUUCGCUGCGGCCGCGCACCCUGCACUUCGCGCCGUACACCAAGCAGCAGAUCAUCAACAUAUUCUCCAAGAUAUUGGGCGAGGCUGACAAAACCAACGUGUUUUCACCUGUCGCCUUACAAAUGUUGGCAGCUAAAAUUGCUGCCGUUUCUGGAGACAUGCGAAGAGCCCUAGACAUAGGCCGUAGAGUGAUCGAGCUUGCAAAACGCAGUAAAUUUGCCGAGAACCAGUCCGUGGACACCAUGAUGAAAGACUGCACGGUCACAGUGGAACUCAAGCAAGUCCUGGAAGUACUGAACGAUGUGUACGGAGGCUCCAAGAAAAUCGAGUCUGAUGUUGAUGAAGGUUUCCCGAUGCAACAGAAGUUGAUACUUUGCAGUCUUAUGCUUAUGCUCAAGGGAAAAAAUAAGGACAUUGUUAUGGGGAAAUUACACGAUGUUUAUAAAAAAGUAGCAGCAGCUCGCAACAUCGCGCCGCUCGACAUGAGCGAGAUGGCAAGCGCGUGUACUCUACUUGAAGCACGCGGUGCCUUACGAUGCACGGGCCCCGCGGGGCGCACGCGGCGCCUACGCCUGCAGUGGGACGAGGCGGAGCUGAGCGCCGCGCUGCGCGACAAGCCGCUCAUGGCCGCCAUCCUCGCCGAAGCCGGCUGCCGCCCCAACUGUUAGUACUCAUUGA